GAACCUCGUGUUUUCCAUUUUGAAGAAUUGGGGAGAGUUUUGAAACAAGAAUUGAAUUUUGAUUCAGAUUAGAUUUUUCUGCUAGCUGGAACGGGAAAACGGAUAUCACCAUUGCUGAAUUAAACAAUCUUGUAAUCUGACCAUGUCAAGCUACAUAUUCUAUCCUCAUAACAAAUACUACAAUGGGGAAAGUGAUACUGGAAAGCCGUGGACUAAAUUUUGAUGGAAAUCUUUUCUGGAGAUUACCUGGUGCUUUGUUUGGGUUUGCAUUAGUUUUUAAUAUUGGCUUUACCUUAGCCUUAAGUUUUUUGAAAGCUCCAAGAGCUUCUCGUGCCAUUGUUUCACAAGAAAAGCUUUCCCGUAUGCAAGGGAGAGAAGAUUUAUCUAAUUUUGCAACUAUGGAGGAAAAGGAUAUGAACUCUCACCCUAAUUUGAAAGAAUCAAGGAGAGGCAGGAUGGUUUUACCUUUUGAACCCUUAACAGUAGUAUUUCAGAAUCUGCAGUAUUAUGUCGAUGUGCCUUUGGAAAUGAGAGAAUGGGGGUUUGAUCAGGAAAAACUCCAACUUCUUUCAGAUAUUUCAGGUGCCCUCAGACCUGGAGUUCUUACAGCACUGAUGGGCAUUAGUGGAGCAGGGAAAACAACUCUUCUGGAUGUUCUUGCAGGGAGAAAAACUAGUGGGUAUAUUGAAGGGGAAAUAAAAAUUGGAGGCUACCCUAAGGUUCAAGAAACUUUUGUUAGGAUUUCUGGUUACCGUGAGCAAACUGACAUACAUUCCCCUCAACUCACUGUGGAAGAAUCUUUGAUUUUCUCUGCUUGGUUGCGUUUGGCCCAUGAAAUUGAAUCAAAAACAAAAGAUGAAUUCGUGAAUGAAGUCCUUGAGACCAUUGAACUUGAUGAAAUUAAGGAUGCAUUGGUUGGCAUCCCUGGGGUUAGUGGUCUAUCAACUGAGCAACGCAAGCGUCUUACAAUAGCUGUGGAGCUUGUUGCCAACCCUUCAACAAUCUUUAUGGAUGAACCUACUACUGGCUUGGAUGCACGAGCGGCAGCAAUUGUCAUGCGAGCAGUAAAGAAUGUAGUUGAUACAGGAAGAACAAUCGUGUGCACAAUUCACCAGCCAAGUAUAGAUACAUUUGAAGCCUUUGAUGAGGUGACACAUCUCUUUCUUUACCCAGAUUGUCAGUCAAAAGAGGAAAUGACAGGAUUCACUGGUGGUAAUAUGCACUGAAUUUUUGAUAGUGAGAGUUUCUUCUUUUGUGUAACUUUUGGAGAACUUACCUUAAUUAAUCUAUUGAAGGUUCAUCCAUGCAUAGGAAAUUCGUCAAAUGCUUAAUUUUCCAAGUCUUUCGCAAAUAUGGACAGGAAAAGUAGUUCUUGAACAAUUGAGUGACAAGAAUGUCAAACACUAGUCUCCAAAGUUCCAUUUAAAAGUUUUUGAUGUAGUGCUAUUUAGCAUAACUGACAUCUUUUCCAUUCAUUGUAGUUGAUUCUUUUGAAAAAUGGUGGUAGUGUAAUAUAUUUUGGACCAGUGG